UACCAGAUGGACUGGGUCAGGUUCAAACGGGGCAGGAAGGAAAGUCCGCUUCGCAGGUUCACCAAUUUCAUGAAGGAGAUCGUGAACGAUGCUGCAGAGGUGGCGGAGUUCUCGUCGCUGAACUUAAGCGACCACCACAAGAUGGGAAGCGGAAGGGCGCACAACAAAGAGUUCGUACACGUCCACGAAUCGGAGCAGAAGAGGGUCGAAGCAGCGCGCGCAGAAAAGCCCAGCAAACCAUGCUGGAUCUGCAAGCGGACGGAUCACUUUAUGCGUUCCUGUGAGCAGUUCAAGCGGAUGAACGUAGCGCAACGUUUGAGAGAAGUUGGCAAGCUGAAUCUGUGCAACCGGUGCCUGAACAAGCAUGGAUCCAGUCCGUGCAACUCGAGGGUCAGGUGCACGGUCCCUAACUGUGUUGGGAACCAUCAUCCUCUCUUGCACCGCGCGGAAGAGUCGGUGCAGCUGCAAAAGGCGGAGAGCACGGGUCGUUCAGUGAUCUUCCGCAUGAUGCCCGUGACGUUGUACGCAGGGAAAAGGCAGUUCGACACGGUAGCUUUUCUGGACGAAGGAUCGUCGGCGACGCUGAUGGACGACGCGGUGGCCAAGCAGUUAAAGGCGGAGGGUGUUUCGGAGCCGCUGAUCGUCACCUGGACCGGAAAUAUCAACCGGAUUGAGGACGACUCGCGCAAGGUGGACUUGAUGCUGUCGGCCAGGGGCUCGACGGAGAAGUUUCCGCUGAUGAACACGCGAACCGUGGGGAAGUUGCUACUUCCGGAGCAGAACGUGAACUACGGAGAGGUAGUUAAGAAGUAUUCGCACUUGUCCGGUGUGCCGCUGCAAGAUCUCCCGUCAGGUGUUCCAACGAUACUGAUCGGUCUGGACAACCUUCACCUUUUCGCGCCGUUGGAGUCGAGGAUCGGCAAGUCCUGUGAGCCGAUAGCCGUACGAUCAAAGGUCGGGUGGACGGUGUACGGUGCGGAGAAGCGAAGAGCGAGCACGCACGCUUUCCUGAAUCUACACUCGGUCGCGCCUGUGACCAACCAGCAGCUACACGACAUGCUGAAGGAGCAGUACAUGCUCGAUGACCAGGCGCCAUCUGCGUUUCCGAUUCCCGAACCAGUGGAAGAGAAGCGAGCGCGAGAGAUCCUGCUAGCGACGACGAAGCGAGUAGGCGAACGCUUCGAGACCGGCUUGCUGUGGCGUGAGGACGAAAGAAAAUUUCCCGACAGCUACCCGAUGGCCGUUCGGCGGAUGAAAGCGCUCGACAGAAAGUUGGAGAAGAAUCCAGAGCUGAGGGAAAACGUUUGCCAGCAGAUCGAGGACUAUCAAACCAAGGGGUACGCGCACAAGAUCACCGAUGCAGAGCUGUCGGAGACGCCAAACGAGGCCGCGUGGUAUCUACCGUUAAACGUUGUGGUGAAUCCUCGCAAGAAGAAAGUGCGCUUGGUCUGGGACGCUGCGGCGACGGUCAACGGCACAUCCCUGAACACAGAGUUGCUGAAGGGUCCGGACAUGCUGGUUCCGUUGCUCCGCGUGAUCAACCACUUCCGAGAGCGGCCGAUCGCCAUUGGAGGCGACAUCCAGGAGAUGUACCACCAGAUACGGAUCAGGCCGGAGGACAAGCAGGCGCAGCGCUUCUUGUUCCGGACGAGUGCGACCGAGAAGCCGGGAAUCUACGUUAUGGACGUGGCCACUUUCGGCGCGACGUCGUCGCCGUGCUCGGCGCAGUUCGUCAAGAACUUGAACGCAGAUCAGUUCGCAGAGAAGUUUCCGGAAGCCGCAGCAGCGAUCAUAAAGCGUCACUACGUGGACGACUACUACGACAGCGUAGACACCGUGGAGCAGGCAGUUCAGCGAGCCAAGGAGGUGAAGGAGGUACACUCGCGGGGUGGAUUCAACAUAAGGAACUGGGUGUCCAACUCCGCCACGGUCCUGAAAGCGUUGGGAGAGAAAAGCGUUGACUUCACGGUCGAUUUCAACCGGGACAAGGGACCGGAGUACGAACGCGUGCUGGGAAUCGUCUGGGAUCCUGCGGAAGACGUUUUCAGCUUCACAACGAUGACGAAGUCGGAGUACGCGGAGGUGCUGAGCGGGGAAACGCGUCCAACGAAGCGAAUCGUGCUCAGCAUAGUGAUGUCGCAGUUCGAUCCGGCUGGAUUUCUUGGACCAGUGACGAUUCGAGGAAAGAUGCUGAUCCAGGACCUGUGGCGCACGGGAUGCCAAUGGGACGAGUUCAUUGACGAGCUUUCUUUCAAGAUGUGGCUGCGUUGGACGAGUAUAUUGUUGGAUGCUCAGACGUUUAGGCUGCCCCGUAGCUACUUCGGGAACGCGCGAUCGGAUGAGAUCAAAGAAAUCCAGCUACACAUCUUCGCAGAUGCUGGAGAGAAGGCGUACGGUUGCGUUGGAUAUUUUCGCGCGAUAGUGCGUGGUGAGGUGGAGUGUGCCUUCGUUAUGAGUCGCUCGAAGGUGGCACCGCUGCAGUUGACCGCCGUUCCGCGCUUGGAGUUGAACGGAUCAGGCCUAGCCGCCCGGAUGUCGCAGACAAUUCACGAGAACCACAACUUCACAAUCACCAAAACGUUCUUCUGGAUCGACUCGGCGGUUGUGCUGUCAUGGAUCCGGUCCGAUCAGCGCCGGUACAAGCAGUACGUCGGGUUUCGGAUUGGAGAGAUCCUCAGUCUGACGAACAUCGACGACUGGAACUUUGUGUCGACCCGGAUCAACAUCGCAGACAUCCUCACGAAGUGGAGCACCGAUCUCGACUUGAGCCCGAGCAGUCCCUGGGUACGCUGUCCCAGAUUCGUGUACGACGAUCAGAAGGACUGGCCGAAGAAAGCGCUUCCACCUCCGAACACAACUGUUGAGCUGCGGAUUCAUUUGCUCUUGCACGACGUGCAAGUCGUGGAGUCACUCGUGGAUGUCAGCCGGUUCUCGAGAUGGACUGUCCUGGUCAGAACGAUGGCAACUGUUUGCCGGUUCGUGUCAAAUCUCAAGCGCAAGGUGAAAGGACUGCCGGUGGAGAAGCUCCAAGCGACCAGGAACCAGGAGAAGCUCUUAGGGUCGACGGCGGGUUCGUCAGUACGAGUUCCACUGCAACAGAACGAGCACGAACGAGCGGAGCAGUACCUGAUGAGAAUGGCACAAACGGAAGAUUACAUUGACGAGAUGAAGGUGCUCACGAGAAACAAGAAUCGCCCGACAAACCAGUGGAUCGCGCUGGAGAAGUCGAGCCCCCUGUACCAGCUCACACCGUUGGUCGACGAGAACGGACUGAUCCGGAUGGAAGGACGGCUGGAGCAAGCCGAGUUUCUCCCGUUCGACAUGCGCUUCCCGGUGAUACUGCCAAAGAACAACCGAAUUACCGAGCUGAUUGUACAAGACUACCACGAGCGGUGCGGACACGGAUAUCGGCAGUCGGUCAAGAACAAGCUGAGGCAACUGUACUACAUCCCGAAGGUAGACGCGGUUGUUCGGCGAAUCGAGUCGGCGUGUGUGUGGUGCGAAGCUCACCGCAAACGUCCGACAAUCCCCAGGAUGGCAUCGCUCCCGGUCCAACGUCUCACGCCGUACCUUCGUCCGUUCAGCUACGUCGGCGUCGACUAUUUGGGACCGUUCGAUGUGAGCGUCGGACGCCGCUCGGAGAAGCGGUGGAUUGCACUAUUCACCUGUAUGGCAACGCGCGCAGUGCAUCUGGAGGUGGCGCACGGACUCACAACCCAAUCGUGCUUGAUGGCGAUUCACCGAUUUAUCGGCCGGCGAGGCUGGCCCAUUGAGUUUCUUUCAGAUAACGGGACCAACUUCCAAGGGGCGAGCAAGGAGCUGACGAAGGACGUCCGAGACAUCAGCGAACACUGCGCGGACCAGCUGACCAACGCACGGACGAAGUGGUCGUUCAACCCUCCCCUGGCACCUCACAUGGGCGGUGUCUGGGAGCGACUCGUACGAUCGGUCAAGGAGGCACUCACGGCGCUGGACGACGGUCGGCGGCUCACGGACGAGAUCCUACAGACGGCCAUCGUUGAAGCGGAGGACAUGAUCAACUCCCGUCCGCUUACGUACGUGUCGCAGCAGUCGGACGAAGCCGAGGCGAUCACCCCUAACCACUUCCUGCGAGGCGCCUCACCAAACCAACCGGGCGGGGCUCUUCCGUCGCCAAAUCCGGCGGUGGCACUACGAGACACGUACCAACGAUCCCAGCAGCUGGCCAGCGUGAUGUGGGAACGGUGGAUCAACGAGUAACUGCCAACGCUGAAUCGGCGGACCAAGUGGUUCGGCGAGUCGAGGCCGCUGGAGAGCGGAGACCUGGUCUACAUCGUCGAAGGCAACAACCGGAAAAGCUGGAUUCGGGGCAUCGUGGAGGAACCGAUCGUGGGCAAGGACGGCCGAGUACGCCAGGCGUGGGUGCGCACCAACAGCGGCAGGUACAAGCGAGCGGUGGCGAAGCUGGCAGUGUUGGAGGUACGAGAAGGUAACCCUCAACCGGAAGCGGACUCCCGGACCGGGUUACGGGCCGGGGAAUGUUCCGACAACACUGCCACCAAGUCGACAUAGGUCGCGAAGACACGGCAGGGUCACGGUACACGCAGCGCUACACAACACAACACAAAUAUAAACAUAAACAAAUUAUAGUAAAGUAGAAUCAAGAGAGGAGGAAGUAAACAGGAGUAAAAGUAGGGACGAGGACAAACAGAAAACGCGUUGAACGAAGAAGUUGGAGGUUUCCACGAGCAGGAGAGUGUUUAGUGAUUGUGGCUAACGAAGGACAGUUUUAGUGCACAACAGUUAGAACGGGGCAUGCAGACGUGUUCACGAGUUGGUUAGACGAUCACAAUAAAUCCAGGUGAGACGUAAACAAACACUCCAGCGAAGGGGAACAGAUUAAAAACUCCUAAAUCUACUAGUACGGACUUCGAAACGGGUCGGCCAGGACGAGACAGUUCGGACAGGACGGAUUGAACAGUACAGUACAGUGGAGAACAGGUAACACGUAAUUUACUACCAAAGUGAACAAUGACAAUUAACACUCAUUGAAACACAGAACCGCGCGACAGGCAACAUAAACUAAAAGCGCCCGGCAAAGAGGUGCAGUCGUCACCGCUGGGGUAAUUUGUUGCCAGUGUCGAAGGCGGAGCGAGAAGGUUUCGGUACAAAACGGUACAAAAACAAACCAAUCAAUGUAAGACAAUUUUCAAACAAAAACAAAACAACGAACUAAAAUUGAAUUCUAAAAUAUAAUUACAGUUUGAUCUGCAUUAGCUGAUACAAAAUCUGGUUUUAUUUGCCACCGUC